AUGGAUACAACAAAAGCGAAUGAGUCGGGAAAAACACAACAGGAGGAUGGAACAACUGCUGCAGAAAGUAUAUUUGGAUCUAUGACAGGGAAGACACCGAUACAGUGCCGGAGGAUGGUAGAUAAAUUUGCACAGGUGCUCAAAUUCGAGAACGAAGACAACGAAGGAUAUGCUGAUAGCAACAUCCCAGAAUUGCAUGCAGAUGGUGCAUCAUUUGCUGGUGAGAAUGCAUGCCCAGCUGACAAUGCUGAUUAUUCAAAUGGUGAUGAGCAUGGGAACAAAGAAGAUGAAAAAUAUGAAGAAACUCUUGAGUCAGUGCUGAAUCCAGAGGAACCGACUGCUGAAGAGCUUGAAAUGGACAGAAUGUUUGCAAACAAGAAGUAUCCAACAAUGCAAGAGAUAUCAGAGGCAUCUACUCCCACAGUUGGGAUGGAAUUCGAUUCAAAAGAUGAUGCAUUCUUCUUCUUUGCAUUGUACGCAAGAAGGGUUGGAUUUGCAAUAAAAAAGGACACCUCCUACGAGUCUAGAAAAACCAAUGAAAUAACAAGACAGACAUUCUCAUGCAACAGCUCCGUCAGAGUGGAUAGUAAGGUUCAUGAAGUGUCACAGGUCAAUGUCCGCAUCGGACAAGACUCGAUCCACAUCCUACAAGAAACAAGAGUUCCACCCGGGAACAUAAUGAAAAUAUUCAGGAAAACAAGGGGAAGCUUCAGGGCAGUUCCAUUUGAUACAAAAAACCUAGAGAACGAGCUAGCAAAAGAAAGAAAGAAAAUUAAGAACAGGGACAUUGAAGAGUUGUUGCUACUAUUCAAGGAAGCACGUGAAAAGAUGCCUGGAUUCAGACAUUCACUUGAUGUUGACAGCGAUAAUAGAGUGAAAAGUAUAUUUUGGAUAGACCAAAUAGGGAGGGCAAACUACUCAAAGUUUGGUCAAUUUGUAUCAUUUGAUACAACAUUUUCAACCAACCAGUAUGGGAUGCCAUUUGCUCCAAUAUUAGGGGUUGAUAACUAUGGCAAAACAGUCGUGUUCGCGGUAGGACUGCUCGAGGAUGAGAGAGCAGACACUUUCAAGUGGCUGUUUGAGGAAUUCCUGUCUGCUAUGGACAACAAGCACCCGAAACUAUAA